AUGGAUGGGCUGUGUAGGGAAGGCUGUGUAGGGAAGGCAGAGUCAUGGAUGGGCUGUGUAAGGAAGACAGAGUCGUGGAUGGGCUGUGUAGGGAAGGCAGUCAUGGAUGGGCUGUGUAGGGAAGGCUGUGUAAGGAAGGCAGAGUCAUGGAUGGGCUGUGUAGGGAAGGCUGUGUAAGGAAGGCAGAGUCAUGGAAAGGCUGUGUAGGGAAGGCAGAGUCAUGGAUGGGCUGUGUAGGGAAGGCAGGGCCUGUAAUAAGGAAGUCCUUGACAGGAAGACAGAUCACAAACAUCGUAACGAAGCAAACACACAUCAAGGAGUCCUGUGUAGGGAAGGCAAUUAUGGAUUGGCUGCAUGUGGCAGGUAGACCGCAUUUACGACAGAAGUAAAGUGGCCUUGAUACCUGGACUGGACCUGGACAGAUGCUAUAUCAAAUUCUAACAGCUACGGUCUUUCUCUGGCACCAGUGGCUUCAACCAAUCAACAUUUGGUGGUGAAAGAGAUCCUUUGUCUGGACGUAAUGUCUUACAGUAGAUGGUACUGCAGACCUACAGAGGUGUUCUAGAAUUAUAUUGGGGACUAAAUUAUUAUUGGAUAUCAUAAGAAUUUUAGACAAUGCUUUUAUAAGUCAGUGGUCUCUGUAAAGGUGUAUAAGUAUUUUCAGAAGGUUACAUAUUUUGUGUAUGGGAUGCGGUGUUAAGGCUUUUUGGCAAACCUCCAAAAGGCAAUUUGGUGUUCCCUCUGAGCAUUGAAUCUAACAAUCUCUCCCCAACAGGUUGGGCCAAACAGCAUCGCUGCAAGGGACGGACGCAUCAGAGAAGGAGACCGCAUUUUACAGGUAGGAAACCAUUUAUUUCUAUAUUUUCCUCUCAGACCCUCUUCUCUCCCACCUCUCUCUCUCUCUCUCUCUCUCUCUCUAUCCUCCUCUCAUCUCUCUCUCUCUCCUCCUCUCAUCUCUCUCUCUCCCUCUCAUCUCUCUCUCAUUUUUCUCUCACUUUCUCUCCUCUCCUCCCUCAUCAGAGGUGACAUAAACCUAUUUUUAUUCCACCUCCCUCUGCCAUUGACUCCCAGCACGAGAACCCAUUCAUUUUUAAUGGCGGCACAUUAAAAUAGAAACCCACCCCCUCUGUGACGGUUAGCGAUGAGGAAAUGUCCCCCUGGCUGUUUUAGUUACCGACUCAGCAUCCGACUGUGCUUUCUAAGAGCUGUAAGAGCAGUUUAGGGAUGCACCUAGUCCGGAAAUACGCUCUGGGUAACACGCCCGCGCCAACACACAUUCAGGCACGCACACACACGCACAUACAUUUACAUUUUACAUUUUAGUCAUUUAGCAGACGCUCUUAUCCAGAGCGACUUACAGGAGCAAUUAGGGUUAAGUGCCUUGCUCAAGGGCACAUUUACGUCAUUUAGCAGACGCUCUUAUCCAGAGCGACUUACAAAUUGGUGCGUUCACCCUAUAGCCAGUGGGAUAACCACUUUACAAUUUUUUUUUAUUUUUUUUUAUUUUUUUUUUCUUUGGGGGGGGGGGGGGGGGGGUAGAAGGAUUAAUUUAUCCUAUCCCAGGUAUUCCUUAAAGAGGUGGGGUUUCAAAUGUCUCCGGAAGGUGGUGAGUGACUCCGCUGUCCUGGCGUCGUGAGGGAGCUUGUUCCACCAUUGGGGUGCCAGAGCAGCGAACAGUUUUGACUGGGCUGAGCGGGAACUAUGCUUCCGCAGAGGAAGGGGAGCCAGCAGGCCAGAGGUGGAUGAACGCAAUGCCCUCGUUUGGGUGUAGGGACUGAUCAGAGCCUGAAGGUACGGAGGUGCUGUUCCCCUCACUGCUCCAUAGGCAAGCACCAUGGUCUUGUAACGGAUGCGAGCUUCAACUGGAAGCCAGUGGAGUGUGCGGAGGAGGGGGGUGACGUGAGAGAACUUGGGAAGGUUGAACACCAGACGGGCUGCGGCAUUCUGGAUGAGUUGUAGGGGUUUAAUGGCACAGGCAGGGAGGCCAGCCAACAGCGAGUUGCAGUAAUCCAGACGGGAGAUGACAAGUGCCUGGAUUAGGACCUGUGCCGCUUCCUGUGUAAGGCAGGGUCGUACUCUCCGAAUGUUGUAGAGCAUGAACCUGCAGGAUCGGGUCACCGCCUUGAUGUUAACGGAGAACGACAGGGUGUUGUCCAGGGUCACGCCAAGGCUCUUCGCACUCUGGGAGGAGGACACAACGGAGUUGUCAACCGUGAUGGCGAGAUCAUGGAACGGGCAGUCCUUCCCCGGGAGGAAGAGCAGCUCCGUCUUGCCACGGUUCAGCUUGAGGUGGUGAUCCGUCAUCCAUACUGAUAUGUCUGCCAGACAUGCAGAGAUGCGAUUCGCCACCUGGUUAUCAGAAGGGGGAAAGGAGAAGAUUAGUUGUGUAUCGUCAGCGUAGCAAUGAUAGGAGAGGCCAUGUGAGGAUAUGACAGAGCCAAGUGACUUGGUGUAUAGGGAGAAUAGGAGAGGGCCUAGAACUGAGCCCUGGGGGACACCAGUGGUGAGAGCACGUGGUGCGGAGACAGCUUCUCGCCACGCCACUUGGUAGGAGCGACCGGUCAGGUAGGACGCAAUCCAGGAGUGAGCCGCGCCGGAGAUGCCCAGCUCGGAGAGGGUGGAGAGGAGGAUCUGAUGGUUCACAGUAUCAAAGGCAGCAGACAGGUCUAGAAGGACAAGAGCACAUGUUAUUACCCUUAGUUCCAUCCCUGGGUCAGGGAACCCUGGAGGCUACUAGUACCCUCCUAGGAGAGUCUUCUGGUGGGUUGGUACCCUCCUAGGAGAGUUUUCUGGUGGGUUGGUUAGAGUUAGUGGAGCUGGCCUCUAUUCUAAAGUGCAGGGCAAGUUGUGUACAGGGAAAAGGGGGAUGUUUUAAGGUGUAAUAUACAGAAUUGAGGUUGGUGUUUUGGGAGGUAGGAAUAGAGUUAGGUCAUAUACAGUGGGGAGAACAAGUAUUUGAUACACUGCCGAUUUUGCAGGUUUUCCUACUUACAUAGCAUGUAGAGCUCUGUAAUAUUUAUCAUAGGUACACUUCAACUGUGAGAGAUGGAAUCUAAAACAAAAAUCCAGAAAAUCACAUUGUAUGAUUUUUAAGUAAUUCAUUUGCAUUUUAUUGCAUGACAUAAGUAUUUGAUCACCUACCAACCAGUAAGAAUUCCGUCUCUCACAGACCUGUUCGUUUUUCUCUAAGAAGCCCUCCUGUUCUCCACUCAUUAGCUGUAUUAACUGCACCUGUUUGAACUCGUUACCUGUAUAAAAGACACCUGUCCACACACUCAAUCAAACAGACUCCAACCUCUCCACAAUGGCCAAGACCAGAGAGCUGUGUAAGGACAUCAGGGAUAAGAUUGUAGACCUGCACAAGGCUGGGAUGGGCUACAGGACAAUAGGCAAGCAGCUUGGUGAGAAGGCAACAACUGUUGGCGCAAUUAUUAGAAAAUGGAAGAAGUUCAAGAUGACGGUCAAUCACCCUCGGUCUGGGGCUCCAUGCAAGAUCUCACCUCGUGGGGCAUCAAUGAUCAUGAGGAAGGUGAGGGAUCAGCCCAGAACUACACGGCAGGACCUGGUCAAUGACCUGAAGAGAGCUGGGACCACAGUCUCAAAGAAAACCAUUAGUAACACACUACGCCGUCAUGGAUUAAAAUCCUGCAGCGCACGCAAGGUCCCCCUGCUCAAGCCAGCGCAUGUCCAGGCCUGUCUGAAGUUUGCCAAUGACCAUCUGGAUGAUCCAGAGGAGGAAUGGGAGAAGGUCAUGUGGUCUAAUGAGACAAAAAUAUAGCUUUUUGGUCUAAACUCCACUCGCCGUGUUUGGAGGAAGAAGAAGGAUGAGUACAACACCAAGAACACCAUCCCAACCGUGUAGCAUGGAGGUGGAAACAUCAUUCUUUGGGGAUGCUUUUCUGCAAAGGGGACAAGAUGACUGCACCGUAUUGAGGGGAGGAUGGAUGGGGCCAUGUAUCGCGAGAUCUUGGCCAACAACCUCCUUCCCUCAGUAAGAGCAUUGAAGAUGGGUCAUGGCUGGGUCUUCCAGCAUGACAACGACCUGAAACACAAAGCCAGGGCAACUAAGGAGUGGCUCUGUAAGAAGCAUCUCAAGGUCCUGGAGUGGCCUAGCUAGUCUUCAGACCUGAACCCAAUAGAACAUCUUUGAAGGGAGCUGAAAGUCUGUAUUGCCCAGCGACAGCCCCGAAACCUGAAGGAUCUGGAGAAGGUCUGUAUGGAGGAGUGUGCCAAAAUCCCUGCUGCAGUGUGUGCAAACCUGGUCAAGACCUACAGGAAACGUAUGAUCUCUGUAAUUGCAAACAAAGGUUUCUGUACCAAAUAUUAAGUUCUGCUUUUCUGAUGUAUCAAAUACUUAUGUCAUGCAAUAAAAUGCAAAUUAAUUACUUAAAAAUCAUACAAUGUGAUUUUCAGGAUUUUUGUUUUAGAUUCCGUCUCUCACAGUUGAAGUGUACCUAUGAUAAAAAUUACAGAGCUCUACAUGCUAUGUAAGUAGGAAAACCUGCAAAAUCGGCAGUGUAUCAAAUACUUGUUCUCCCCACUGUAUUUGGAGGGAGAGGCAGAUUGACGGCUCCUUGUUUUGGGAAGUAGGUAUAAACAGUGUGCUUUAGACAGAGCAGUAAUGGUUUUGGGAGGCAGAAGCUUGCUACAGUAAAGUGAGUGAGAGUGCUGUAGAGAGGAGAAAUGCUUUUGGAGAUAAGGGCAGAGGUAGACGGUAAUGUUUUUCAGAGAGUGGUCUGUUUUCAGUUAGAGUGUGCUCUCUGAACAACAGAGUGAUGUGUUUCUGAAUAGGGGUUAAUGAGUGGGAGAAGAGAGAGAGAGAGAGAGAGAGAGGUGGGUACACAGUGCAGUAAUUAAAGGAAGAGGAUUGAGGAAGGGUAUAGGGUAAGCAGUGAGACAUACGACCGGCGCUUGCUGCUUCCCUAAUUAUCUGCUACAUGGUGUGUGUUGACCGUGUGUCUUCUGUGCAGUGUGUUGUGUGACUGGUUUGAGUUGCGAGGCAAAGCGAGGGGUUUGGGUUAGUGGUUGUGAUCUAGGCCUCCACCCCCACCCCUCCACUAUUAUCCCCCGCCGACAGGGCCAUUACUCUGGGCAGAGGAAAGCGGACAUCCCUGUAACGGCCCAGUUAAUUGUGUGGGGCGUCUGGAUCUAUGAAUGUGCGUUGCUUCCGGGUGCUGGAUGCUUUCAGGAGCAGAGCCGUUCUAGUGCAGACGGUCCCUCCAUGGACUACUGUUCCAUUCAUAAUCAAUCAAGCCUUGGUCCUGUCUGUCUGGCUGGCCUGCAAUGGAAUACGGAGUAGACACAGACUGCAGAUGCACAGGAAAUACUGUCUUGUUGUGCAGUACCUUUAGCUUUAUGCCAACCUGGCUGGCUCUUUCUACGGUGUUUGAGUGAGAUUAAAGAGGGAAAGUGGCCCUUCCCUUAGUGUGUGUGUGUGUGUGUGUGUGUGUGAAUAACAGUGUAUGUUGUGUUUUCCCCAGAUCAAUGGUCAGGAUGUGCAGGACAGAGAGGAGGCUGUAGCGGUGCUGUCUAGUGACGAUACUAGGAACAUCGUACUGCUGGUCGCCAGGCCCGAGAUUCAGGUGAGCUUGCACGCACACGCACACACACACACAUACACACAUACACACACACACACACACACACAUACAUACACACACACACACACACACACACAGAGAUAUACAGUAUAGUAGGAACAUUGUGUUGCUGGUCACCAGACCAGAAAUACAGGUGAGUUUACAAGCAGUUUUACCCCAAUAUAAAUUUUCUUACCUCAAUCGAAGUUCUUUAAACUAUCCCUUUAACACACCCAUACGGUAAACACAGAUAGGUAUGUCUAUACUGUAGGUCCAUAGGACCAAUACAUCAGUCAUUAGAGGUAUUUUUAUUCAUGACAUCCUGCGUUAUACACAACAGCCGAAACACUACCCGAAGGCUGUAAAUAUACCACUUGUGUUUCUUAGAUGAAACACUGCAGGGCUGUUACAUGCUCAUGUACAGACUGUUGACACCACCUCACAUCAUGUUUUAUUUAAUUGACUUCCAACGGUACGCCAUAAAAACUAAUGGCAUGCUAAUGGUUCAGGCCCAAGGCCAUGGUGAAUGGUGUGUGUGUGUCUGUGUUAGGGGUGUGAACUAUUUAAACGAAAUUGGGAUCCUUAAAGUUAAGAAAAAUCCCUAACCGAAAAACAAUGUUAUUUUUUUCAUUGUUUUUUUCGUAGAUGCAGAAAGUAAACAGCAUUGUGGGUCAAUUUCCGCAACAACUAAGAGCAUUGAAGUGCGAGGCUCAACUUCUCCGCUGUUUUGGUGUCCUGGCUACCAUGCUGUGAACAGCGUGAAGCGAACCCGUGCACAUGUGCAGAUAUGUGUGUGACUGUGUGAGAGCGAAGGGUUACAUCUCGCUCAUCUCAAUAUCCUAGCCCAAUGGUCACAAACCUUUUCUGAGUCAAGUACACUUUCUGAGUCAAAAUGCAAGUCCAAUAUGACCUAAAAAAUGUAAGCCUAUGCAACAUUAACCAAUUAAAAACAGUUCUGUAGCAAUGAGGUCUGUGCAGUAGGCUGUAGGCCCAAUACAUUUCAAUGUUCUUCUUCUCAGACCAUUUUGAAAUUGAACUUCCUCAUUAAAAACAGCAGCUCUUUGCUGUAUUCGUUGAGUCUCUCUCUAGUCAUGGUUUUUACAGUUUUGAAAUCUGACAGUAUCAACUUUCGAGGCUUCUUUUUACAGUCUAUGGCUCAAAGAAACUGUGCAGACACGGUGAUCUGAGCUAUCUGAUUGGCCAAUGGUCGGCCAAUAGUUGCACUUGAUUUGCUCUCUGGGCCUGCCGGGUAUGCAGAGUUCUACCUUCAGAUAUGUGAAAUGGUUCAAAAUGGGAACACUUUGCCUUCCCUGCGCUAGGGCUGCUAAAUCAAGUGCACCUACAGCCAACUGUGUGAAAAAUAAAAUAGGGAUGCAAGGCUUUAUAUUUGGGGUUUUUACAUACAUUUUUGGUAAUCGACUAGGAAUACCUUGGAUAUUGACCAUUUGGUGACCACUGUCCUAGCCUAUUCAUUGAUGGUAAGGACCUGCUUUGCUGAAGUUGCGAGACAUUGCAAGCCAAGAAAUUGCAAGAUACAUUAUUCCAUUGCGAGAUACAGCUUUUGAUUGCGAUAGAUAUGCCUAGGUUCUGACUGUCUGCCUGAUGGCCGACCUACCUAUACUGUGCCCCUACCAUCUCUCUCCGUCCCUCGCGAGCUUGCUAUGAAAUGCUCUCCUCCAUUCCAAAAAUACUGAAUCUUAGGAGUCGAUUCCUAGGGGAAUCAAAUCUUGACACUCAGAAAUGGGAGUUGACACCGGGAGUCGACGUGCAAGGAGUCGAGGAAUCAAUUAUUUUGGAGUCGACUCUCCACCACUACUUCAUCGUCGUGGAAAAAUGGCAGAGAAAGGUAAGCGACAGCAGCGAAGUCCUGUAUGGCAAUUCUUUGAGAAGUUUAAACGAGAAGGGAAUCCAAACUUUGCGAGGUGGAAUUGAACUACAGUAAUGGUAGUACAGGUGCAAUGCUUAACCAUCUGAAAGGGACGCACCUUCAGACCCAAACCGUUGCUGGCAGCAGCGCAGCUGCAUUGUGAAUUAACGUGGAAUUUUAUACAUUUUUCUUUUUGUUUUAAUGGAAAAUCCACACAAAAAUGUCAGUUUAAAUGUUAAGAAAAUGUUUCCAUUCAUCACAUCCCUAGUGUGUGUGUGUGCGCACCACUGAGAACGGCAGAUGAGCCAUGAGCCAUAAUGGACUCUCUUCCUUCCCCUUUUGGUAAUUAAAUAAGUCUCUCACAGUCUAAAGUCCUGGCUUCAAUAUAUCUCCCAUUUAGUUUGACACAAGCAGACAUAAAGAUCAUGAAGGACACUGAGGCCACAACAAGCUGGCAAAUCAAGAGCCACAACAAGCUGGCAAAUCAAGAGCCACAACAAGCUGGCCAUUCAAGAACCACAACAAGCUAGCCAUUCAAGAACCACAACAAUCUGGCCAUUCAAGAGCCACAACAAGCUGGCCAUUCAAGAGGCACAACAAAACACACCUCAUGAAUAUCUUGCUUUAUGAAACUGUUGAUAGAUCAUGUAUGAAGGUCAUGAAGCCUGACCACUAUUAUGUAUGUAUUGACUAUAUCUGUAUGUUUGGUCAGGCUUCAUGCACUUCAUACAUUACAGGAUGGAUGUUAAUGAUCUAUCAACAGCUUCAUAAAGCAAGAUAUUCAUGAGGUGUGUCUUGUGGCUCUUGAAUGACCAGCUAGAUGGUGUAAGGGUUUCUCAUGUUCUGGUUUAAAUCCUCUCUCUCCCUCUCUCUCUCUCUCUUGUUAUCUAGCUGGAGGAAGCGUGGUUGGAUGAUGAACACAGUGAGUUCCUGGAGCAACUGAAGAUGGAGAUGUUGGAAGAGCAACAGAGAGAAGAGAUGGAGCUGGAUGCACUUCAGGAGGAACAGGAGAAGGUGAGACCACACUACCGCAGGGACAUGCAAAAGAGUUUAUCACAAUAAGUUUGACACUCUCCCACACAUACAGUGGGGAGAACAAGUAUUUGAUACACUGCCGAUUUUGCAGGUUUUCCUACUUACAAAGCAUGUAGAGGUCUGUACUUUUUAUCAUAGGUACACUUCAACUGUGAGAGACAGAAUCUAAAACAAAAAUCCAGAAAAUCACAUUGUAUGAUUUUUAAGUAAUUCAUUUGCAUUUUAUUGCAUGACAUAAGUAUUUGAUCACCUACCAAUCAGUAAGAAUUCCGGCUCUCACAGGCCUGUUAGUUUUUCUUUAAGAAGCCCUCCUGUUCUCCACUCAUUACCUGUAUUAACUGCACCUGUUUGAACUCGUUACCUGUAUAAAAGACACCUGUCCACACACUCAAUCAAACAGACUCCAACCUCUCCACAAUGGCCAAGACCAGAGAGCUGUGUAAGGACAUCAGGGAUAAAAUUGUAGACCUGCACAAGGCUGGGAUGGGCUACAGGACAAUAGGCAAGCAGCUUGGUGAGAAGGCAACAACUGUUGGCGCAAUUAUUAGAAAAUGGAAGAAGUUCAAGAUGACGGUCAAUCACCCUCGGUCUGGGGCUCCAUGCAAGAUCUCACCUCGUGGGGCAUUAAUGAUCAUGAGGAAGGUGAGGGAUCAGCCCAGAACUACACGGCAGGACCUGGUCAAUGACCUGAAGAGAGCUGGGACCACAGUCUCAAAGAAAACCAUUAGUAACACACUACGCCGUCAUGGAUUAAAAUCCUGCAGCGCACGCAAGGUCCCCCUGCUCAAGCCAGCGCAUGUCCAGGCCCGUCUGAAGUUUGCCAAUGUCCAUCUGGAUGAUCCAGAGGAGGAAUGGGAGAAGGUCAUGUGGUCUGAUGAGACAAAAAUUUAGCUUUUUGGUCUAAACUCCACUCGCCGUGUUUGGAGGAAGAAGAAGGAUGAGUACAACCCCAAGAACACCAUCCCAACCGUGGAGCAUGGAGGUGGAAAUAUCAUUAUUUGGGGAUGCUUUUCUGCAAAGGGGACAGGACGACGGCACCGUAUUGAGGGGAGGAUGGAUGGGGCUAUGUAUCGCGAGAUCUUGGCCAACAACCUCCUUCCCUCAGUAAGAGCAUUGAAGAUGGGUCGUGGCUGGGUCUUCCAGCAUGACAACGACCCGAAAACACACAGCCAGGGCAACUAAGGAGUGGCUCCAUAAGAAGCAUCUCAAGGUCCUGGAGUGGCCUAGCCAGUCUCCAGACCUGAACCCAAUAGAAAAUCUUUGGAAGGAGCUGAAAGUCCGUAUUGCCCAGCGACAGCCCCAAAACCUGAAGGAUCUGGAGAAGGUCUGUAUGGAGGAGUGGGCCAAAAUCCCUGCUGCAGUGUGUGCAAACCUGGUCAAGACCUACAGGAAACGUAUGAUCUCGGUAAUUGCAAACAAAGGUUUCUGUACCAAAUAUUAAGUUCUGCUUUUCUGAUGUAUCAAAUACUUAUGUCAUGCAAUAAAAUGCAAAUUAAUUACUUAAAAAUCAUACAAUGUGAUUUUCUGGAUUUUUGUUUUAGAUUCCGUCUCUCACAGUUGAAGUGUACCUAUGAUAAAAAUUACAGACCUCUACAUGCUUUGUAAGUAGGAAAACCUGCAAAAUCGGCAGUGUAUCAAAUACUUGUUGUCCCCACUAUAGCACAUUACCUGUGAAGCAUGUGAAACUAGACAACUGCUCACCACCAGAGCGACACACCAAGGAGUUUAUCUACUGUAGAAAUUAGUUUAGGGUCUCUAUGGUCUACCCUCAGAUUAUUUGAAAAACUUGUGAAAAUAUGUAAUACCCUUGGAAAUAUGAGUCUGAAAUAGCAACAACUGUAUGAAUAUGGAAGAGGGUGAAGAGCAUUUUAUACCCCAAACAUUGGUAAUCAUAAUUUAAAAUAUUGUGUUUUGUUGAGAGAUUAGCAUACUGUAAAUGGGUAGAUAUGGAAGUUCAAAGACUGCAAAGCUAUUGGGGAAGUAACAACGAUUCCCAGCGAAGCAGUGUAGUGGUACAGAACUCCACAAGAAUGGAGGGAAUCCCAGUGGAGAACCCAAAGCACUGACUUAGAAGUUCAGAACUAUUUCAGACUAGACAUUUCAGAAAAUACACUGAAUAAAAAUAUAAACGCAACAUGUAAAGUGUUGGUCCAAUGUUUCAUGAGCUGAAAUACAAAAUCCCAGAAAUGUUCCAUACGCACAAAAAGCUUAUUUCUCUCAACAUCCCUGUUAGUGAGCAUGUCUUCUUUGUCAAGAUAAUCCAUCCAACUGACAGGUGUGGCAUAUCAAGAAGCUGAUUAAACAGCAUGAUCAUUACACAGGUGCACCUUGUGCUGAGGACAAUAAAAGGCCACUCUAAAAUGUGCAGUUUGUCACAUGAUACAAAGCCACAGAUGUCUCAAGUUUUGAGGGAGCGUGCAAUUGGCAUGCUGACUGCAGGAAUGUCCACCAGAGUUGUUGCCAGAGAAUUGAAUGUUCAUUUCUCUACUAUAAGCCACCUACAACAUCUUUUUAGAGAAUUUGGCAGUACGUCCAACCGGCCUCACAAUGUCAGACCACAUGUAACCGCGUCGGCCCAGGACCUCCACAUCUAGCUUCUUCACCUGCAGGACCGUCUGAGGGGGGGGUGUGGGGGAGUGCUGAGGAGUAUUUCUGUCUGUAAUAAAGCCCUUUUGUGGUGAAAAACUCAGUCUGAUUGGCUGCACCCUUGCCCAGUCAUGUGAAAUCCAUAGAUUAGGGCCUAAUUUAUUUAUUUGAAUUGACUGAUUUCCUUAUAUGAACUGUAACUCAGUAAAAUCUUUGAUAUUGUUGCAUGUUGUUAUAUUUUUGUUCAGUAUAGUUAUGAAUAUUAUUCAAGAUUUGUACCUAUUUCUUUACAUUGCGGGUUAUUUCCAUACUGAUGAUAUACAUUUUUCUUUAUUACAGCCCAGAGGAGAAGAGGAUGACAUCACUGCCACCUGUUCCUCCAGAACUCAGGACAAGGACAGCGGGCUGGGGAUGUCGUUAAGGAACGGCAUCGACGCCCCCGACCACAACGCCCUCCUAACUCACAUCAACGGAGACUCUCCCAGUGUCUGAGGGACAGACAGGACUGUCCCGAGCGUCUGGACGAAGAGGAACAAGAAGAGGAGGAUGUUGCGGAGGAUGGCGAUCGGUUCCAGCAGCUCCUGGAGCUGAAGUGUCAGAUCCAUAACAGCGGGGAGUAUGACCUGAUCUAUAGCAGACGCAGCACUAUAGAGUGUAGUCUGGGAGAGCCGGCCGGUGGUGUGCAGCGUGAGCUCCGCAUGCUCAAUGACGAGCUCCGCAGCAUCGAGCUAGAGUGCCAGAACAUCAUGCAGGCACACAAGCUCCGCAAGGGGCCGGGGGGGUCCCAGUGGGACCAGGGGCAGCAAGUGUUUCCCCAAAUUGUCUGCUCCACGCCCAAGGACCAAAGCUCCUGCCUGGGGAGCAAUGACUCGCCUAGUAGAAGCAAGCUGGUGGACAUCAAUGACUGUCCAGAGAAGCCGGAGAAGUCAGACAAGGACAGCUCGAGCGCCUACAACACGGCAGAGAGCUCUCGCAGCACACCGCUGGCCAUGGACCGCUCCCCUGAGCACUCCCUUCAGAGGAGGAUGGUGACCAUCACCAACCAGAGGAACCUCCGUAGCAGCCUGGCCAGCCUCCAAACCACAGCCAGCCACAGCCCCACACACCGGCCCCUCCACUGGGCCCCCAUCCCAGGCAAGGCCAGCAGCCCCAACCACAGCCCCUACCCCUCCGAGUCGGACCAGGUGGCCCCUGCAGACAACGAGAGGAGUAUGUUGGGGAACUGGAAGGUGAAGCCUAAGCCUCCUCCCAGGGCCUCCCAGAUCCCUUACCUACCCCCGUCCCAUGACUCCCAGCACCGCCAGCCCAGCGCCAACAUCCCGGCCCACGCUCUCCACUACCAGAGCUACAUGCAGCUGAUCCAGCAGAGCUCGGCCGUGGAGUACGCCCAGAGCCAGCUGAGCCUGCUCAGUGGGGUAAAGGAGCCCCAGCUGAGCCCCGCCAACGAGGCUAAGAUGGAAUGGAAGGUGAAGAUCCGUUCGGACGGCACACGCUACAUCACCAAGAGACCCAUCAGGGACAAGAUCCUGCGGGAACGCGCCCUGAAGAUCAAAGAGGAGCGCAGCGGAGGUAUGACCACGGACGACGACGCUAUGUCCGAGAUGAAGAUGGGGCGGUACUGGAGUAAAGAGGAGAGGAAACAGCAUCUGGUCAGGGCUAAAGAACAUCGGAGGAGACGGGAGUUCAUGCAGCGCAGCAGGCUGGAGAGCCUGAGGGAAAGUCCUCAGAGCAGCAGCGAAGGACGCAAGGAGGUCAGCAUCAUCGAACUGAGCCACAAGAAGAUGAUGAAGAAGCGCAACAAGAAGAUCCUGGACAACUGGAUGACCAUUCAGGAACUGAUGACUCACGGGGCCAAGGCCCCUGAUGACCCCAGGGCCAAAGUACAUAAGGCCUUCCUGUCGGUCACCACUGUAUAA